AUGAAACACACCGCCAAAUUCCACCUUCUCAUCCCAUCCCACAGCGCUCUUGUCAUAGACCACCUGGUUGUCUUCCAUGACAAUCUGCUCCCACUCACAGUCACUGGACAAAGUCAUCGGUAUGUGGAUUCUGUCUGGUUCAACCUUCGCCGAAAGCAACAGGAGCUGCACCUCAAAUGCGUUGGGGCCUUUGAAUCCCGAGAGAAGAUUGUUACCCAGGCCGGUAUCCUAGGUUUCGUGGCCUGCUGGGCAGGCUGUACGGCGUCCAGUAUUGCAGCCGAUAGACGGACGUACGGAAACGGUUCGAGCACCCUGCUUGGUUGCAGCUGGCCCUCCGAUCACCCCACCGACACGAACGCAAGAGUCGGCCUGGUCAUUGACGAGGAGUUGGGCUUCGUCGUGACCAGCGGCAUCGUUCCGGGUAAGGUCUACCCCUACCAGAACAUCUCCGCCUUCAUCCCAGACAAAAUGACGUCGGCGCAGGAUGCGCAGGUGGAGUACUUGGAGGCAAUGAAAGCUAAGGGUACUGAGCCGCUGCUGUCUCCCAUCGAAGCCACCGGCGACACUCUCGAAGUGCUCCAGUACUACAACGACAAGCUCCAGGCUAUGCAGAUCAAUGUCUACCUGAGCGGCCCGAAUAUGACAUCGCCCUGGUUGUAG